UGAAAAACAGCUGGGUAGAAAGUUGUUGAUACUUUUUGACACGGGAACUUCACUGAUCACGUUGAUUGAUAUGGCUGAUGCGAGAAUACACCAAGCUGCAAUGAAUGCUGGAGGAGGGUUUAUCAAAUGGGACUGGAAUAAAAAUAAAUAUGUGUGGGUCAGCAAAAGUGAACUGCAGAAGAAGUCCGAGAACAAGAAACUACCAACGCCAUCACCAUAUGAACAGAAUGUGGCAGCUCUCAAGAAACACCGGCACCAUAACCAACCAUCCUUCAAAGUUCCAGUAAAGAAAGCUUACAGGCAGCCAUUACAAAUGUCGAACAAGCAAAUUAGGCCAUCAUCAAAGGGUCAGAAAUCCAACUGUGAGAUUCAGAAGAAGGAGAGAGCGGUUAAACCUCUAGGCCGAGAUGACCUACUCAAGAUUAGAGAGAAAGCUAAUAAGGAGAAUCAAUCUGAGCCGUCAGCGAGGGUAGAGGCAAAUAUCCCUGCACCACCAGCCGAGUUGUUAGCUGGACAUGGUACGUUCGUUUCCAUUGUUUCCAAUCGAGCGAUUCAUUUGAACGCUGCUCUGACCUUCUGGAAACAGAACCCGGGAUCUCUCAUCUCUUACUUGAUUCGUACUGGGGAUGACUCGCUCACCGUCGACGUCUUGCCGAUUCUUACAAUGAGUCUUGUUCGUCAGACAACAAAGGCCAAGCAGAUAUCCAUGGGCGCCUGGUUGGACUUCCUACCGACUCUACAUAAACUACUCAGCAGCAAGUUUGCAGACUAUAUUAAGGUUUGCUUGGAUUUAUUGCGUACUCUACUGAGGCACUGGGCUAAAGAACUGCAGAAACAAAAGGAUUCUAGAAACGCGGAUCUCCUUCUACAAAGCCAGAGUGUCUCAGGAAUCUAUGGCAGUUUGAUUUCCAUGACAGAUACAGUAAACAGUUUAGCUACGAGGAAUGGAAGUGUAGGCAAAAAGGCAAAGGCUGUUAAAGAUCUUCUGGACCAGCUUUGAUGUCUCAGAGAGUAUUUAUUUCUGUGUGAUCAAAAAGAUGUACAAAUUCCGUCCACUGUUUACUCACGUGUAAUUUUAGUAGAAUUUUUUUUUAUGUCAUGAAGCAAAAUAUUAUUGUACCAUCCGAACAGUCAAAAAUCCAAAAGUUUUCUGACUUUGGAGCAAAAUACUUUACUAUAAGUGCUUCUCAUCACCCAGGGGUAUAAAUGGGUACAAGUUCCUGCGAGGAUAGAGGUCGAUAUUAUGUAUGAAAAAGCCUUUGGAGCACUACGGUUGCUCAAGUUGUAUACUCCCAAGGGUGCUGAGAAAGAUUAA